AUCUAUGGAUUCCAUCUUUUUUUCUAAAUGUCACACAGUAGUUCCCCCUCUGAUGAUAUUCGGUGAAAUAUGUGAGUUUGAUGUGAAUGAAGUAUUUUCUCUGGUUUUUUCAGAUCAAGUACCUAACUGCGUAGACGUUUAAUUGUCUUCUAAAUAAAUUAUUUUCGACAUUCACAAAUAUUAUCAUUAAAAAACCUUCUGGAUAUAGUUGGCUUCAGGUUAUUAUGUUACUCAACAAAACCAGGUUGGUGGGUUUAUCGAAUAGAUCUCAAAAUUGCAAUAUGGACGGGAACUCCACGUCGGACAUUGUUAUUUUGAGUGGAAACUCACAUCCUGAAUUAGCUGAUUUGAUUGCCAACCGCCUAGGUGUGCGUAAAGGAGGUUGUUCAGUAUACCACAAGACUAACAGAGAGACCAUUGUGGAAAUUGCUGAUUCAAUUCGUGGCAAGAAUAUUUAUAUCAUACAGACUGGAACUAAAGAUGUGAACAACAACAUAAUGGAAUUGCUUAUAAUGGCCUACGCUUGUAAGACUUCCUCUGCCAGUUCAAUUGUUGGUGUAAUUCCAUACUUACCAUACAGUAAACAAUGCAAAAUGCGGAAACGAGGAUGUAUAGUUUCUAAACUUUUAGCCCAAAUGAUGUGUAAAUCAGGUCUUUCACACAUUAUCACUAUGGAUUUACACCAAAAGGAAAUACAAGGAUUUUUUGACUGCCCUGUUGAUAAUUUAAGAGCAUCACCAUUCUUACUUCAGUAUAUACAAGAAAGUAUUCCAGAUUACCGUAAUUCGGUUAUAGUGGCCCGGAAUCCUGGCUCUGCAAAGAAAGCUACUUCAUAUGCCGAGCGAUUGAGACUAGCUAUAGCUGUCAUACAUGGAGAACAGAAGGAAGCCGAAAGUGAUGAGGUUGAUGGACGGUAUUCACCUCCAUGUAUACCCAGGUCGCGUACUAUGGAUGUAUCUGUGGGAGUGCCGGCACAUCCAGCUAAAGAAAAGCCACCGAUAAAUGUAGUAGGAGAUGUAGGAGGACGAAUUGCUAUAAUGGUGGACGACAUGAUCGACGACGUUCAAUCGUUCGUGGCGGCUGCUGAAGUAUUAAAAGAGUGCGGAGCCUACAAAAUAUAUGUACUGGCCACCCACGGCCUGCUCUCGUCCGACGCUCCACGAUUAAUUGAGGAUUCGCCCAUAGACGAGGUUGUCGUCACCAACACGGUGCCUCAUGAACUACAAAAGAUGCAGUGCAAUAAGAUCAAAACUAUCGAUAUAUCGAUACUGAUCAGCGAAGCGAUCCGGCGCAUUCAUAACAAAGAAUCUAUGUCUUAUCUCUUCAAAAACGUUACUCUUGAAGAUUAACUUUGAAAUCUUCUCUUGUAAUACAAGUAUUAUGCUGUUUUUUGUUAGAGUUUUUGUAUUCAUUAUUGUAAUUAAGCUGUGUAAGGAAUAGUGACAGAGGAAAUAAAAAAGCAGUGUUAUAAUAUUAUUACAUAUUAUAUUUUUACUACGAUUGUACAUAAUAUGAACUGCUAGAAUGAUAAUGCUAAAUGAUAGAAAAUGUUUGGAUAAUGUAAAUUCCUUAUUGUGUAUUAUUCAUUUACAAAGUGAAUUUAGUUGAUAAAAAUGUAGAAUGUGCGUAAUUAAAGAAAUAAAUCACCAUUUUCAUGUUAUGUAACAAA